AUGUCAGUUUUUCACACUCUGUCUCUUCUUGUUCUUCUAAUUGUAGAGCCUUUGUUGUGUCUUGGACAUGAUGGGCAAUGGGUUGGUGAGAAGAAAUCGAUCACCCCAGCCCGAGGAGUAGUGCAUGGGGAUCUUGUGACUGGCUUGCCUGGCCAGCCUCGUGUAGGUUUCAGGCACUAUGCUGGCUAUGUCAAUGUAAAUGAAACAAAUGGAAGGGAGCUCUUUUACUGGUUCUAUGAGGCCACCACUCAACCUGAUCAAAAACCAUUGGUGCUGUGGCUUAAUGGAGGUCCUGGCUGCUCUUCUGUGGGAUAUGGAGCAACACAAGAAAUUGGUCCUUUUAUAGUGGACACCAACGGAACUGGACUUAAAUAUAAUCCCUACUCAUGGAAUACAAGAGCCAACAUGUUAUUCCUGGAAUCUCCAAUCGGAGUCGGUUUUUCAUACUCAAAUACAACUAACGAUUUCAAAAAUCUGGGAGAUAAUUUUACUGCAAAUGAUGCUUAUAUUUUCCUCCACAAGUGGUUCCUAAAGUUCCCAUCAUAUAAAACGCGCAACUUUUUCAUUGCAGGGGAAAGCUAUGCAGGAAAAUAUAUUCCAGAGCUGGCUGAGCUCAUCCAUGACAAGAACGUGGAUCCUUCCCUUCAUAUUAAUCUCCAGGGUAUAUUGUUGGGUAAUCCUGAAACAUCUGAUGCUGAAGACUGGAUAGGAUUACUGGAUUAUGCUUGGAGCCAUGCUGUCGCAUCAGAUGAGACACAUAACACAAUCACAAAAAACUGUGAUUUCUAUAGCAAUGAUACAUGGAGCAACGAUGCUUGUGCUGAUGCCGUUGAUGAAGUACUCAAACAGUACAAGGAGAUUGAUAUGUAUAGCCUCUACACCCCAAUCUGCACUACCAAUUCAGCUGGUUCGGCAGCUGACAGAUCAAUGGAAGUUAUGAUGAUCAAGCGCACAUCUAAUAUGAUGCCAAGAAUCUUGGGUGGCUAUGAUCCAUGCCUUGAUAAUUAUGCAAAAAAGUUCUACAACAGACCAGAUGUUCAGAAGGCUCUACAUGUUAGCGAUGGUUUCCAUCUCAAGAACUGGAGCAUCUGCAAUGCGAAGUUAUUUAAUGACUGGGCAGAUUCACCGAAAUCUGUUCUUCCUAUAUACAAGAAACUUAUUGCAGCAGGACUUAGAAUAUGGGUCUACAGUGGAGACACAGAUGGAAGAGUUCCUGUAUUAGCUACAAGAUACAGCUUAAAUUCCUUGGCACUGCCCAUCACUCAGGCAUGGAGGCCCUGGUACCACCAGAAAGAGGUAAGUGGUUGGCUUCAAGAAUACAAGGGACUUACGUUUGCAACAUUUAGAGGGGCAGGGCAUGCAGUGCCUAUCUUCAAACCAAGCAACUCAUUGGCAUUCUUCUCAUACUUUCUUCUUGGGGCCUCACCCCCAGCUGCACGAAACAUUAGUGGAUUCUCUUUAUAG